AUGAGAGUCCCAACUGCUGAGCCGCACUCCUUUAUUAACCUCCAAGGAGGAUGGCCAACACCUCGUUUGCAUCCAGUCAAAGACCUUGAAGCUGCCUCGGCUUCGAUCUUCCGUCAGGAGGAUGCUGCAAAGGAGCUUCUAAGGUACGGGCCCGGGCUGGGAAGGCCUGCUCUGCGAGAUCUCAUCGGCAAAUGGCUCAACGACUUUUAUGCGCCAGCAGCAGGAUCAAUCCCCGGCAACCGUAUUGGUGAAACCAACGGCGCUUCCAACGGCCUGGCGACGAUUCUCCAAAAAUUCACCGACCCGGUUUACACGCGCGCCGUUUGGAUGGUUGAGCCCACCUACUUUCUCGCUUGCCCCAUCUUUAGAGACGCGGGCCUCAUUGGGCGUAUCAGAGGCACGCCCGAAGCCUCAGACGGCGUAGACCUUGACGUCUUGGCCCGGUCUCUUCAAGAGGUGGAUGAAUCUUGGCCCGACAAGACAGCAACUCCGGGCAAAUCACCGAAACUAGGUUACCCCAAGAUCUACAGACACGUCGUCUAUCUGAUUCCGACGUUUUCGAAUCCUAGUGGCAAGACUAUGAGCUUGGAAAGCAGGAGACGCCUCGUUCGUUUGGCCCGGAAGCACGACGCAUUGCUCAUAACCGACGAUGUCUACGAUGUGCUCCGCUGGCCGGCAAACGAAGGCGGCUCACAGGAAGGCUUGCCCUCACCUCCCCCACGACUCGUAGACGUAGAUCGGGAGUUGGAGGGCACGUCGGAGUUUGGAAAUGCUGUCAGCAACGGGUCAUUCUCAAAGAUCGUUGCGCCUGGCAUGAGACUAGGCUGGAUAGAAGCCACUCCUGUCUUCACUACCUUUAUGCGUACCGUUGGUGCGACCGGGUCAGGAGGCGGUCAAGCUCAUUUCUCAUCACUGUUUGUGGAAAAGGUGCUCGAGAACGGAGCUUUCACUAGGCAUAUCAACGAGGUUCUCAUCCCGACCUACCGGAAGCGGUAUCACGGAAUGAUGAACGCAAUCCGACACCAUCUGUACCCAUUGGGGGUCAGGGUAGUGGCAGAGGACAGCAUACAGAAAAGCGGCGUUGCUGGUGGAUUCUUUCUAUACAUCACCUUUGGAGAAGGAGUAGCAGGAGUCGCAUCUGAGAUUUCUCGGGUCGCAUUCGAGGACUUCAAUUUGAAGAUUGGACCUGGUCACAUAUUCGGAGUGCCUGAUGACCCUUCGAGUGAGAACAGGGGAAGGGCCACAUACUACAACGGCGCAAGGCUUUGCUGGGCAUGGCAUGAGGAGGAAGAGAUUGUCGAAGGAAUCGUGAGACUCACGGCUGUCGUUAGACACGUCCAGAGAGCGAUGCGAUAA